UUCAUAAUAUUGUGAAUGCUGUGCUGAACGGUCUGUAGUUUUGGGGGACAAAUGCGAGCUGCAAACUAUCAUUUCCUGGGUAAAUUGCACACUUUACAAAAGGCAACAUAUAUACUUCAUUAGUGUUUCUGUAUUGAUUCACAAGUUAAGGUGGCGACGAAUUUACGAAAUAAAAACUAUCAGCGGUAAUCCCGUACUCUACUGUUGCGAAGCUCUGUGAACGGAGAAAAACGAUUUAAUAAACCGUCAGUUUAAGAGACAUGAAGUACCAAGCAAGCUAGAAGUCAUUAAUCGAUUCCUUCACAAUGUCGCGGACGUGUCGAAACGACUGCAACAUGGUUCUCAUCUUCUGCCUGUGUUGUGUGGCGCUCUUAACAGUUCUUACAUUCUACAUCGACCUUUUCAGAACACAGCCAUUCAAACCGCCAAGUAGCCUAAAAAAAUCUUCUGGCUCAAGGCCGAGGGCUCAAAACGUUAAAGAAAAAGAAAAACCAGCAUCCUUGAGUCCGUGCCCAAGUUCGAUGGAUCUUCCAGAUGAACAGCUUACACCACGCAAGGAUGCAACAACCUGUGAAAAAGUAAACGUUGAGCUCUUAGGUAACUCAUUGCAGAAAACCCUAGAAGCGACCGACAUCGCCAAUAAAUCCCUCCCGAGCAUCAUCAUGAAGCGAAGGUCAAUCAAGGAAGUAAAUAGCUCCAUUGACCAGACGAUCUCCGAGAUGAAUCUUGCUGUCGACUUCGAUGAUUACCGACUUCUCCCCGGUGGUCAUUGGAUUCCCUUGUCAUGUAAACCGCUUUGGAAGGUCGCCAUAGUGAUACCGUUUAGAAAUCGAUUUCAUCACCUACCAAUUUUUCUCCGUCACAUUGUGCCUUUCCUCAAAAGACAAAAACUUGAAUUUUCCAUCUUUAUAUCUGAGCAGAGAAACGACAUACGAUUCAACCGAGCCAUGCUGAUGAACGUCGGUUUCGUCGAGGCCCUCAAUUUCAUAAACUUCGACUGCGUUGUCUUCCACGAUAUUGAUCACCUCGCCCUCAACGUCCAAAAUUAUUUCGGCUGUGAAAAUAUGCCUAGGCAUUUUAUAUCUGGUGAAGCUAUAUGGCGCUGGAAGAUACCAUACACGAAACUCUUUGGAGGUGUUACCGGGAUAACCAAGGACCAAUUCUACACAAUAAACGGCCUAUCAAACGUCUACUGGGGGUGGGGCGGCGAGGACGACGACUUCUUUAACAGGGUAUAUACCAAGAAUCUGACUCGAACACGACCAGAGGGCAAGAUCGGAUACUUCGAUUCAGUUCGUCAUGCAAAAAAGGAGUCCAGCGUGUCUAAUGAAGCAAGGGUAUGUCUCCUUAAGUCUUAUAAACAACGGAUGCCGACGGACGGAGUAUCCAACCUGAAGUAUGAACCUCCAACGAUAGAGCUUCAUCCCCUCUACACCAACAUCUCUGUAAACAUCCAGAAGUUGCCAUGGGAUCCAAGUUGGAAAAGAUGCAAGGGGCAAUGACAUACUAAAUAUAUUAUAAGCUCGGAUCGGGGACCUGUUUCAUGAAAUUUCUUUUCAAUAAUAAUGUUAGGCCAAAUAAAAU